AAGCUGGAGCUGCCUCCUAAACGCUCUGGUCAUAUUGCUGCCAGCUGCUCAGAGAUCGAGACGUUUCGGAAAUGGCGCUUCAGUUGCUUCAUGUGAUCAGCCUCAUCGGCUGCCUGCUAAUUGGCCUGGCGUUCUGCCAAAGUGCUUCAGUGGAGCGGGCACGCAUUAAAAGAGAUACACGCAAUAUUCCAUCGGAUCAGUUUAAGCCCCUAGAGAGCUCCGCAAAUACUGAUCAGAAUGCAACAACAGUACCCCAGCGUACAAACUUUGAGGAUAGUUUCUCAGUGCACACAAAGGCAAAGGCGCGAGUCUUGACGGAUCCCACAUCCCAGGAAGAAGACGACGACGCAGACGAACCGAGGUUUCCCGAUCCAAGUCGUUUCAAUUAUCGCAUUCCUAUCCCUUCCAGUCAAUUCCGCUCGACAAACUUAGACACUUCAUUUAACACGAACGUUGGACCAUUUGUCGGUGGCCGUCGUAUCAGUGGUUCUUCUGGUUUUGGUCCUCCUGGUUUUGGUGACAGUGGACCACGCUUUAGUUCAAUGCCUCUGAGCAUUCAAUCGAGUGCUCCGUUCAUACCAACGAAUACCGGAUUCUCUUCCUUCGGUGGCCCUGGCUUCGGUGGCCCUGGCUUCGGUGGUGGCUCUUCCAAUAAUUUUUAUCGCUCGGAAUCGUAUAGCUUUAAUUCAGAUGGCAUGGGGCCACCGCAAGUUCAGCAAAGUGUGUACGACUCUCGCUUGGGACAUGGCAUAACUAGUCGGAAUUUUAAAAAAUAGAGUUUCCACGCACUCAAUUUUCCAACAUUUUUAAAAUUCUUGAAAUACUCAGUGUUAAAAUAAGUCGCAGAUUAUAUAUAGAUUGAUAGCCUAGCUGAUAGGAAUUAGAAAUCAUAUCCGCAUUUUUUAAUACAACAACAAGGUCAAAAUCCAUAAAUAAAUAAUCGCAAAUUAAACGGAAAUAAUAAUAUAUAUGUUUUGAUUUAAGUACUUAGAAUACUUAUUUUACUGCAGGCAAGAACAAAAACAUUUUGGUUUUAAAUCAAUUAUACGUUGACAAAAUCCGGCUAUGGCCGGGAAAUGAAAUCUUUAUUUUAAGACUUUUUAUUUGAUGAACAAACUCCGGAAAAGAAGACUACAAUACAUGAAUUAAUCUAAUAA